AUGAGGCUCUCAUUCAUCUCGGGAGCUGUGCUCGCCCUCGCCGGGCUUGUGUCUGCUUCCAAUGUUGUCGAGCUCGACAGCAAGAACUUUGACUCGCCCGCGCAGCCCGGCUGGUCUGAAGAGAAGCUGGUGGUUGUCACCACGGGGCCGGUCGUCGGUCAGGAGAAGGGCGCCUUCGUCGAGUUCUACGCCCCGUGGUGCGGAAUGUGCAAGAAGCUCGCGCCCGUGUACGAGCAGCUCGCCGAUGUCUUCCCGUCGUCCAAGGUGAUCAUCGCCAAGACCGACGCCGACGGACCGGCCAAGGACCUCGGCAACCGUUACGGCAUUCGCGGCUACCCGACUCUGAAGUGGUUCCCCGCCGGCUCCCUCGAGGGCGAGGACUACUCUGGCGGGCGUGACCUCGAGUCCCUCGUCAAGUUUGUCACGCAAAAGUCGGGCGUCAAGUCGACCCUCAAGCCGCCUCCUCCCGGGGCCGCGGUCGAGCUGACGGCGGAGAACUUUGACGACGUCGUCAACGGCGCGCGCAACGUGCUCGUCGCAUUCACGGCGCCCUGGUGCGGACACUGCAAGAACAUGAAGCCUGCGUACGAGGCCGUGGCCCGCGCGUUCAAGGAUGAGGAGGACGUGGUCGUCGCGCUCAUGAACGCGGACGACGACGCGAACCGGCCCAUCGCGCAGCGCUUCGAGGUCAAAUCCUUCCCCACCAUCAAGUUCUUCCCCAAGGACUGGACCUUCCCCAUGGCGUACUCGUCUGGCCGCUCCGCGGAGCAGUUUGCCAACUUCCUCAACGAGCACUGCGGCACGCAGCGUUCCGCCACUGGCCUCCUCAACGACGUCGCCGGCACGGUCGGCGAGCUCAACGACCUCGCCGCGGCUUACAUCGCCUCCAUCCCCUCGCGCGAGGAGGCGUACGAGAAGGCCAAGGCUUAUGUCUCCAACCUGACGUCUUCGGCUUCGGAUGCCGCGUCCGGCGUCUCGGACGAGGCGAGCAAGAGGGCCCGCGUCGCGGCCGAGUACUACGUCCGCGCCAUGGAGCGCAUCAAGUCCAAGGGCGACGCGUGGCUCGAUAAGGAGAAGAACCGCCUCGCCGGUCUCUUGAGCUCUCAGAGCAUGGCCGGCAAGAAGCUCGACGAGCUCAAGGUCAAGAUCAACAUUCUCAAUGCGUUUGUCGCUAAGAAGAUUGACGAGAUCACCGCCGACGAUGAGGACGGAGACGUCGUCGAGGUCGACGAGCAGGUCGUGCUGAAGGACGAGCUCUAA